CAACACGCGGUGGAGAAAAAGUUAUGGUAAUCUGUAAACGGCUGUGGCGAGAUAAAAUGUAAUUUCUAUUGACAGGCGGCGACGCCUUAUGCCACAAAGAAUUUUGAAACGUAUACUUGGUAAGCUAUAUAUUAGUUUGUGGCUACGCUGUUUGCGUACCUGUCCGAUACUAGCGCUUCAGGUUACGCAGAUUCCGUACUUGGCUAACUACGCCCAGGACAUGUUGAACACGCCCCUCGGCUGGGUUGUCGCUACGGAUGUAAACCUGGCCCGAGGAAGAUGGCGGCCGCGGCGGGGAGUCGGAGCGUGUCGUCUGGAUUAACGGCAGCCGCGGGCGGCGUAGCGGGCUCCGGUAGCCCGGAGACAGGGGGGCAAAGACUUCCAGAAGGGGCUCCGGGGGAGGCAGGGGGCGAGCAGCGAGCCGACUGGAGGCGCAAGCAGCUGCGCAAAGUUCGGAGUGUGGAAGUGGAUAAGCUGGCGGGGAGAGAGCCGGAACCUCCGCACGUAUUGGCUGCCGGAGUGAGGGAACAGGAGCCUGCUGCGGGGAGCGAACCCGAGGAGCCUUCGGCGGCACACAGCUCAUGCCGUGACAUGGAGAAUAAAGAAACACUCAGGGGGCUACAGAAAAUGGAUGACCGCCCAGAGGAGCGCAUGAUCAGGGAAAAACUCAAGGCAACAUGCAUGCCAGCCUGGAAACAUGAAUGGUUGGAGAGGAAAAGCAGGCGAGGUCCUGUGGUCGUUAAACCCAUUCCUGUAAAAGCCGAGGGGUCUGAAACUUUCAAGGCAGACUCCGUUGAAGGGUCGCUGAAUGGCUUGUCCCAUGUUCAUAAAGGAAGGCGAAGCCCUUCUCCCAGCAGCUCUUCCAGCUCAUCCAAAUCCACAAAGCCUGAAUCGCCAGGGUUGAAGAGGAGAGGCCUUUCUCCGGUCCCUAGUGGACGUGUUACACCACCUCGGAGAGCUCCCUCUCCUGAUGGCUUCUCACCUUUCAGUCCUGAGGAAACCAGUCGAAGGGUUCACAAAGUUAUGCGCGCAAGACUUUAUCUGCUACAGCAGAUUGGACCUAACUCCUUUCUCAUUGGAGGGGACAGCCCAGACAAUAAAUACAGAGUUUUUAUUGGACCUCAGGCCUGUAGCUGUGGCAGGGGAACAUUCUGCAUCCAUCUUCUCUUCGUCAUGUUAAGAGUCUUCCAGUUAGAACCAUCUGACACCAUGUUGUGGAGAAAAGCACUGAAGAAUUUUGAGGUUGAGAGUUUGUUCCAGAAAUAUCACAGUAGACGUAGCUCAAGGAUCAAAGCUCCAUCUCGUAACACCAUCCAGAAGUUUGUGUCACGCAUGUCCAGUUCACAUACAUUGUCAUCAUCUACCACCUCUACAUCUAGUUCAGACACCAGCAUGAAAGAUGAGGAGGAGCAGAUGUGCCCGAUCUGCUUGCUAGGGAUGCUGGACGAGGAGAGUCUGACUGUAUGUGAAGAAGGCUGCAGAAACAAGUUACACCACCACUGCAUGUCAAUUUGGGCAGAAGAGUGCAGAAGAAAUAGGGAACCUCUUAUCUGUCCUCUUUGUCGAGCAAAGUGGAGGUCGCAGGAUUUCAACAGCGUCGAAUUGCCAGGGCCUGUGGAUUCUCCUCCCAUUCUUAGGGCAGUUCAACAGCAGUCUCUGCAACAGCUGCCUACGCCUGGUUCCCAAAGGAGGCCACAGGACACAAGCCUGAAUCUUACACACUAUGGGGUCCAAAAUAUUCCAUUUGCUUAUAAGGACAUGGCUGAGCCAUGGAUUCAGGUUUUCGGAAUGGAGCUGGUGAGCUGUUUGUUUUCUCGAAACUGGAAUAUCAGAGAAAUGGCCCUGAGGCGCCUCUCCCAUGAUGUCAGUGGGGCCUUGCUGUUGGCAAAUGGUGAAAGCACUGGAAAUUCAUGCAACAGCAGUGGGACUACAAGUGGCACAUCCCUGAAUGCUGCCAGUGGCUCAUCUCAGUCUACUAUCUCAGGGGAUGUUGUAGUGGAGGCUUGCUGCAGUGUGCUCUCCAUGGUGUGUGCUGACCCAGUCUACAAGGUGUACGUCGCAGCUUUAAAAACAUUACGGGCCAUGCUGGUGUACACUCCCUGCCAUACAAUUACAGAAAGAAAGAAGCUGCAGCGACUUCUCAAUCCAGUGGUGGAGACUAUUCUUGUAAAAUGCGCAGAUGCCAACAGCCGCACAAGUCAGCUUUCAGUGUCAACCUUGUUGGAACUAUGCAAAGGACAAGCUGGAGAGUUGGCAGUUGGAAGAGAAAUACUCAAAUCUGGGUCCAUCGGCAUUGGUGGGGUGGAUUAUGUCUUGCAUUGUAUUCUAGCAACGCAAGCAGAGCCCAAUAACUGGCAGUCACUACUUGGCCGCCUUUGUCUGAUCGACAGACUUUUAUUGGAGUUUCCUGCUGAAUUUUAUCCUCACAUCAUCAGUGGAGACCUCACACAGGCAGAUGCAGUCGUUGACAGAUAUAAAAGCCUGUUGUCCCUGCUGAAUUUUGCCUUGCAGUCUAUUGAUAACUCUCAUUCCAUGGUGGGAAAACUAUCCCGGAGAGUAUUUUUAAGCGCAGCAAGAAUGGUUGCAAGAGUGCCCCAAGUGUUCGUCAAGCUGCUGGAUAUGUUAAGUGUAACUAGCUCUACACAUUACAUUCGUAUGCGGCGCCGGCUAAUGGCCAUAGCUGAAGAGAUGGAUAUUGUUGAAGUAAUCCAGCAGGACGUAGAAGAUUCUCAAGCAAUGGAAAACCGCAGAGAGGCAUUUGUUCAGCCAUCUGCCCCAGCCAAUACCCCAUCAACCUCACAAAGCAAUUCUCCGGAUAAUACUGUACAGCUGUCAGGUAAAGUGGCAAAAGAAGCGUGUGACUCAAAGUCUGCCUCAAGUCCCGAAGACUUACGCGAGGCACUGGAAGUAAUGUCAUUGGCGUACCCUUCCUCUUCCGCCACAGCCGAGCAACCAAAGCCUGCCAUUCUAACAAAACGUAGACCACACAGUCAAUGCUUGAAUUCCCCGUCUUCCAGUCAUCCCCAUUCCUUUUUCCCUACUUUACCUUCACCUUCUUCUACUCCUCCUGUGCCAGCUGGUCCUGUCACAGAUGCUACAAAGCCAAGGUCUCAGGGUUUCACCCCAUGUAAACUCUCUUCAGCUUCCCCUCAAACUCAGAGGAAAUUUUCCCUUCAAAUACAAAAGCACUAUUCAGGCAGUAAAGAGCCAGAAAAACUUUCUCCAGUUUUUACUCAAGCAAGACCUCUGCCAUCUCCUCAAAUACACAGGCCAAAGCCUUCACGACCUACCCCAGGGGACCCCGGGAAGCCUGGAGAAGCUCAGAAGGGCAGCUUGACUCUUGACCUGAAUGUUUCUCCUUACGAUAACUGUGGCAGUAACGUCAGUGCUGUCAUUCCAAGCGAUGAUACGGUUUUCACACCUGUAGAGGAGAAGUGCAGACUGGAUGCAAAUACAGAGCUCAAUUCCAGCAUGGAGGAUCUGCUGGAAGCUUCGAUGCCUGCAUGUGAUAGUACUGUCACCUUUAAGUCGGAAGUUGCUGUGCUUUCUUCUGAGCGUGCAGAGACUGACAACACAUACAAAGAUGAUGUCAAUCACAAUCAGAAAUGCAAGGAGAAAAUGGAAGCUGAGGAGGAAGAGGCUCUGGCUAUUGUUUUGGCAAUGUCGGCAUCUCAGGAUGCACUGCCAGUCAUACCCCAGCUGCAAGUUCAAAAUGGGGAAGACAUCAUCAUUAUUCAGCAGGAUACACCAGAGACUCUGCCUGGACAUACCAAAGCAAGAAAUCAUUACAGGGAGGAAAUGGAAUGGCUCAAGGGCCAGCAGAUUGGCUUAGGAGCGUUUUCUUCCUGCUAUCAAGCUCAGGAUGUUGGAACCGGAACAUUAAUGGCUGUGAAACAGGUAACCUAUGUGAGGAACACAUCUACUGAGCAAGGAGAAGUGGUUGAAGCCCUCCGAGAAGAGAUUAGGAUGAUGAGCCACCUGUCCCAUCCUAAUAUUAUACGCAUGUUGGGUGCCACUUGUGAGAAGAGCAACUACAAUCUGUUUAUUGAGUGGAUGGCAGGUGGCUCUGUUGCCCUUUUGCUCAGCAAAUAUGGAGCAUUCAAGGAAUUGGUUAUCAUAAACUAUGCUGAACAACUGCUACGUGGUCUAUCAUACCUGCAUGAGAAUCAGAUUAUACACAGAGAUAUUAAAGGUGCCAAUUUGUUGAUUGACAGCACUGGGCAGCGGCUGCGAAUUGCUGAUUUUGGCGCUGCAGCAAGGUUGGCAUCAAAGGGAACUGGUGCGGGCGAGUUUCAAGGGCAGCUGCUUGGAACAAUUGCCUUCAUGGCACCUGAGGUGCUGAGAGGGCAACAGUAUGGAAGAAGCUGUGAUGUGUGGAGUCUUGGCUGCAGCAUAAUAGAGAUGGCAUGUGCUAAACCUCCAUGGAAUGCAGAGAAGCACUCUAACCAUCUUGCACUUAUAUUCAAGAUUGCAAGUGCUACAACGGCCCCAACGAUCCCACCACACCUCUCUCCAGGAUUACGGGAUGUAACCCUCCGAUGUCUGGAGCUCCAGCCCCAAGAUAGACCACCAUCCCGAGAACUACUGAAGCACCCGGUCUUUCGAACAAAGUGGUAGAGAAAUACGUGGCAGAGAACUUCCCGGUUGUUAGUGACUGAGAGGACAGGAAACUUAUUGCUGUAGAACAAUACUGUCUUCUAAGCCAUAAGUAUACUGCUGUGCAGAUCCCCAGCCUGUGCGUGACAUUCAGGAUCUCUAAAGCUUGAGAGUAUGGAGAUUUAAAUCUCUCUAACAAGAUUUAUAUAAAAUAUAUAUAUUACUAUGUUUUAUAAAAAAGUGCCUUUUUGGAAACCCGCUCUCCAGAUUAGAUAAGUGGUUGCAUGGCCAGAAGUGGUCGCGGUUUUCCAAAAUCUAUACAAAUUGAAUUUUGUAGCCCCACAAAGAAAACUUGUGCAACUUUUUUAUCCCACAUGUGACAUUGUGGCACACGCAGUAUAUUUGUAACAAAAUAGUGUUCUUCGGGUGUCUAUGAAGCUCUCCUCAAAGACUCUGUCUUUCAUAGUGUCAUGUGACAAAGACGGCCGAGGAACUGCCUUUUCUCUCCACGUGUGGGAAAACAGUACAAACGGCCAUAAUAUUGCAAUGUGUAAAUACUGUCUACACUGUAUUCUUCCACUGUCGUACCCCGUGGGAUGAUCAGCAUCUUCACACCUGUAUUCCUUUUCCUCAUUUUAAAGUUAAAUCAUUUCAUGUGUAAUGAAAAGAGUAUUUUUGUACUAUAUUAUAGGACCACCACUUAUGUACAGUAGGUGUCAGAGGUCUAAAUCCACUACCAUAAACUGAUUAUUUCAACUUUUAUCCAGAUUGGAUUCUAGUUUGUUUCCAAUAGGAUUCCAGUAUUUUUACUAAAUGAUGGCAACAAAAGUUUGUAUUUAGUGACCAUCAAACUGCCCCAGUAUCUGCUACUUUUGCUAUCUGCCUUGAUCAUCGCUGCAGCACUCUCUGGUAUUGAUCUCUGCAGGUUUAUGCAGAAUUUCAAAGAGAUUUUCAUGUGAGGUUUUGCUUUUUUUUUCCCCCAAAGACGCUCAUUGGUGUUGGGGUAAAUGGGGAGGGAAAGCCCUACAUGGCAGCGCUUCAGGCAGAAUACAGCUUCAGUGGAUAUUUAGGAGCAUGAAAGCUCUUCCAUGCCACUUUAAGCCAUAUUGGAUGCAGACACUGUUCUAUAUUGCUCUUCAGUGGCUGCGGUCACUUUAGGUUUUACUUUGAAUGAAAAGCACUUGUAUUGUGAAGAUCUCCACUGCAUGUUCGACUUUUCCCAGUGGUAUAACUAUAGAGGGGGGCAGGCAAAGGCAGGAACAGGGGGCUUGCGAGGGUAGUUGUGGGUACCCUGUGAUGCACCGGUAAUUGACCCCUAAUUUUGUCCAGGGGGAAGGGACCCAAAAAAAGCCUCAGAGGAUUCCUUCCUGACUGCUCCCUUUAGAAAUUAUGAAAUCAGAGCUCACCAUAGAAAAACUCACCCACACUCUAUUGAUUCCUGUGGGAUUUUUAGAAGUGUAUUUAUCAAAUGGUGAACUUUAACUUUCCCCCUUUAUAGAUACGCUUUUAAAAAUCCCUUAGGAUGAAAUUAGGAUGAAUUCUUCUGUGGUGAGCUCUAAUCUCACAUUUUGAUAAAAUCAUUUCCAAAUACACUUCUUUAAAUUAAGUAGCACUAAGACUAUAAAUUCAGUUGGGUUUUUGUAGCAGUAAAUGUGAGGUUUCUGGUGGUGGACUCUGCUUUGGGCCCUACUGUACAGCUGCUUUGUGUUGGGGCAGGUUUGUUUCACAAGAAGAACACAAAGCAGCAACAAGUAAGAUCUUCUCUUCUUUUAAAUAUUCAGGUUAUUUUUAUAUUUCUACUGCCUGGCAUUUAAAGCUGUAGGUGUGUGUUCCAAACCAAAUCAGAUGCGUGCGCACUAUAACCGCCAUUGUUUGUGUUUAUAUUUUUUUGACUGUUGAUUUAUCUGCUGUUUUCCUUCUGGUCUACAUCAUGAAUAGGAACUAGCUGAUAUGCAAUUUAAGCAUUAAAAAAAAUUCAAAUAAAAAAAAAAAAAACCCUACUUGAAAAUGUGCUGCGCCCCCUUUAGUGCGGGGUUGUGUGUUGAAAACCUCCUAUAGCGCUAAAGGAGUUAGUGCUCACUCGCAUCUGUAUAGCUGGUGAUGUUGUUAUUGUGUUGCAAUUUAAGUGUUCUAUUUAAAUUUUUGUAUUUUAUGCAUGUAAAACUGAAGGAAAAUGGCAGCUCUUCUUUUUUUGCAUUGCUUUCUUCUCUUUGGUUAUGGUUUUAAACUCCCACUGCAUGAGCUUGAAAGCCAGAGGGGCCGAUGCGCGUGUACAAGGAGCCCCCGUCUGGCGUGUAGGAUCUGUUGUGUUGUAUUCUCAUUUAACUCUUUGGAAGCCAGUUGGGUCGUUGCACUGUGAAAACAGAUUCGGUAUUCUGAGACUCAGGAUGAACUAAAAAAUAAGCUACUUUUACACUUCCGCAGGCUUUCUACUCAGUACUGAUUGGGAUUAUAGACACCCAGAAACUGCCGCUUGUGCUGAAGUGUUAAUUGAAUGUGAAUUUCCUUCAAUUGGACGUUCCCUUUGGUGCGACAAGCAAGCGAUUUCCAAAGAGUUAAAUUCAUUUUAUAUUUCUUAAAUGUGAAACUUGGUAGCUCUAACUGUAUUGUACUUUAUCCAUAUGCUACGGCACAAACCCCAUGGCUGCGUCAGGCGAGGGGUUUAUAUCCACGGAGAAACCGCCUCAUCUAACGUAGGCCCUAAAGCAGUCACCUCCCGCACUAACCCUGCACUCUCAGCCAUGAUUUUAUCUACUGGAAGAUUGGGAUGUUGUGUUGUGGCUUUCCUUGGCAGAAAUGAACCUCAGCUAAUCAGUAUUAUUUCCUUAGAUCUCCCCCCCCCCCCCCCCCCCCCUCCGCCGCUGCCACCUCGGCUUUGUGCUUUUAUUUUCCUUCAGCUUGCUGGUAAUCGUGGUGUUCCUUUUAUUUUUAUGCAGAAUGAGAUGUAAUCUAAUUUCUUUGGAUCAAAGCUGGACUGAAAAUUUGUAUUGUAUAAUUAUUUUUGUGACGUUCUUUAAUGUUAUUUGGUACUUUUCUUAAUUUGUAAAUAAUGCCUACUGCUGUUUUAUUCCAGUCUCUACUACCUCAGGUGUCCUAUAGAUUCUCUUCUACCAAAGUUCACUUUCACAAUGAGACUUUAUGUGCUGUAAGAUUAUGAUUCCUAAGACUUCCAGGGCUCAAGGGCUAAUUUCUCUUAGCACCUUACUGUGCAAGCAAAUGUUGCAAAAAAAAAAAAAAACAAAAAACAAAAAAAAAAAAAAUCUCUGGGUUAAGAAAAUUUGGCUUAAAUGUAUCCUUUAUUUUAAAUAUAUCAAAAUAUUUUAAUUAUUAAAGGUUUUUAACCCAUGAACUGAUUUUAUAGUAUAAUUUGUACCUAUUUUGGUGUUUUUGUCUUUAUAGUAAAUAAAAGUUUUUGGACAAA